AUUUUAGAUGAUUAAUGUACAAUUAGUUUAAAAUAUUGGAGCUGCUGAAAAUGAUACUUACUCUUAUCAUCUUCAUGAACAUGAUGUUCAUUUCAACAGUGUCACCUAAAGGAUGUUCACCCAAACCAAUCGAUUUUGUUUUUCUUUUGGAUGAAAGUGGAAGUGUGGGAGAGGCAAAUUUCAUUCUGCAAAAUGAAUUUGUUGCAAAAUUUGUUGAAGUAUUUAGUAAUGGCAGUGAUUUAGCACGUGUUGCCGUCGUUACAUUUGCAACAACUGUAAAAAUUGAAUUUUACCUGAAUACAUACCUCAGCAAUACAAAAAUAAUUGAGAAAAUAAGACGGAUAAAUUAUUCUCAUCCUGGGUUAACUAUGACACAGUUUGCUUUACAUAGCGCUCGGACUGAAAUUCUUAAUGUGAAUCAUGGAAUGAGACCAAAUGCCUUGUACGUCGUAAUUGUGAUGACUGAUGGAAAGUCAAUGAUUCGGUCUAGAACAAUUUAUGAAGCUAAACAACUCCACAACAUGGAUGUUAUCGUAUUUGCCAUUGGUAUUGGCACAGAAAUAGAUAAAGAAGAGUUACGUGGAAUCGCCUCACAUCCUGAUUAUGUGUUUACUGUGAAUGACUUCCAUACUUUAGAGACAAUACAAAACGGAAUUAAAAAUUCAGUUUGCAAAG